UCCCUCACCCUCGAUAUUUUAUUUCCAAUAUCACUUCUCCGUUCCCUCUUCUUCCCCCACCAUUCUUCUUCAUUCUUUCAACCCUAUUUCUUCCUUUUCAACAAAAAUACCAGAGAAAAUGGUUGCAUUUUUAGGCAAACGGUUGCUCCUCUUUGUAUCAAGCUAUCUUGCUUUCAGCUUUUUAACAUGCACCAGCAACAAAACUUCCACCACAACAACAUACAUAGUGCAAAUCGAUAAAUGGGCAAAACCAGCACUGUUUGUCGACCAUGUGCGGUGGUACUCAUCCAUAGUAAAAUCUGUAACUUCCAAACCAAGCAAAGUAGAUGAUUCAGAAGAUGAAGAUAGGAUAAUUUACACUUACCAUACUGCUUUUCAUGGCAUUGCUGCUCGGCUCAACCAGGAGGAAGUGGAGAGACUGCAGGAAAAGCAUGGUGUGAUGGCUGUUUUUCCUGAGACUGUAUACCAUCUCCACACCACCAGAAGUCCCCUGUUCCUUGGGCUCGAAAACAGAUAUGGUACAAGUGUCUGGUCUGAUAGACUGUCACAAAGUGAUGUCAUUGUGGGAGUGCUAGACACCGGGAUAUGGCCAGAGAGCCCAAGCUUCAAUGACACAGAAAUGGGACCAGUACCAGGUCACUGGAAAGGAAAAUGUGAGAUAGGCCGUGCUUUUGACAGGCAUCAUUGCAACAGAAAGAUAAUCGGCGCUAGAGUGUUCUACCGCGGCUAUGAGGCAGCUUCAGGCAAGAUCAAUGAACGAGAUGAGUACAAGUCCCCAAGGGAUCAAGAUGGCCACGGCACUCAUACUGCUGCAACAGUUGCAGGCUCAGCUGUUCACGGUGCAAAUCUUUUCGGCUAUGCUUAUGGCACUGCACAAGGGAUGGCCCCUGGUGCGAGGAUUGUUCCUUAUAAAGUUUGCUGGACUGGAGGGUGCUUUAGCUCAGACAUUCUUUCUGCAGUUGAUCAAGCCGUGGCUGAUGGAGUAAAUGUUCUAUCCAUCUCUUUGGGAGGAGGAGUUGCAUCUUAUUACCGUGACAGUUUGGCAGUAGCAGCAUUCGGUGCUAUGGAGAAGGGAGUUUUUAUUUCGUGCUCAGCUGGAAAUGGAGGGCCUGAUCCGGUUAGCCUUACCAAUGUAUCACCAUGGAUCACCACAGUUGGAGCUAGCACAAUGGACAGAGACUUUCCAGCCAUUGUCAAGCUCGGGACAGGUGAAAUCUUAACUGGAACUUCACUUUAUAGAGGCAGAAGAACUCUGUCUACACAGAAGCAAUACCCUAUAAUUUACCCAGGAAGUAAUUCGAGCAGCCCCACACCUAGCUCACUGUGCCUAGAAGGAACUUUGGACAGCCAUGCUGUUGCUGGAAAAAUUGUAAUAUGCGACCGGGGCAUAAGUCCUCGAGUUCAGAAGGGUCAAGUGGUGAAAGAUGCCGGAGGAGUUGGCAUGAUUCUGUCUAAUACUGCCGUUAACGGAGAGGAGCUGGUUGCAGAUAGUCACCUUCUCCCUGCAGUCGCAGUUGGUGAGACGACAGGUAAACUGAUUAAACAUUAUGUUUCAAGGGAUCGAAAGGCUAGUGCAACUUUACUAUUUCUUGGGACCAAGGUAGGGAUCAAACCCUCGCCAGUGGUGGCUGCUUUUUCAUCCAGAGGACCAAAUUUCCUCUCACUGGAGAUCCUGAAGCCAGAUGUGGUGGCACCAGGAGUGAAUAUCCUUGCAGCAUGGACAGGUGAUACAGGUCCAUCAAGUUUGCCAACUGAUCCUAGAAGAACAAGGUUCAAUAUAUUGUCUGGAACUUCCAUGUCAUGUCCACAUGUGAGUGGGAUUGCCGCACUGCUGAAGGCCAGGCACCCUGACUGGAGUCCAGCUGCAAUCAAAUCAGCACUCAUGACAACGGCUUAUGUCCACGACAAUACCUUUCAUCCCCUGAAAGAUGCCUCCACAGGUGUGCCCUCCACCCCUUAUGACCACGGUGCAGGUCAUAUAAACCCAUCGAAAGCCCUUGAUCCAGGCUUGAUCUACGACAUAGGGGCACAGGAUUACUUUGAGUUUUUGUGUGCACAGGGUUUGACUCCUUCCCAGCUGACAGCUUUCGCUAAGUUCUCCAACAGAAAGUGCCUUCAACAUUUUGCCAAUCCUGGUGACCUAAACUACCCAGCUAUUUCGCCUGUUUUCCCAGAAAACACGAAGGUUUCAGUUCUAACCCUCCGUAGAACAGUCACCAAUGUUGGUCCUCCCAACUCAAAUUACCAUGUUGCAGUUUCACCAUUCAGGGGUGCUCUUGUAGAGGUCGAUCCAAGAACGCUAAAUUUUACCGGAGUACACCAGAAAUUAUCUUACAAGGUUACGUUUAAAACAAGAUCUCGGCAAACAGCACCAGAAUUUGGGCACUUGACAUGGAAAAGUAAGGAACACAAGGUAAGAAGCCCGAUUGUAAUCACAUGGCUGCCUCCACUAUAAAUCAUGUUGCCUAAUAGUCAACAUGAAGGAUGUUGCACAAUAAGCAUAUGUUAUAAAAUUGAAAAUUUUGUUUUUUUUUUCA